AACGAAACGGUCACCAGUAGCCACUGAGCCAGUAGCACAAUGACAACCGCCACCUAUAGGUAAAGUACGAUUUUGCCAGAAAUUCUGCAGAUGAAUUUUGGAUGUUGGCUUAUGAGGUAUAUUCACUGGGCAUAUACUUUUUGAAUCAAAAAGAUGAGUUACACCAAGGAUUUCAACGCAUUUGUUGGCGGAACAAGAGGGUUUUUUAAAGGUUUGAAGAUCGACCAGAAGAACUGUAUAGUAAAAAACAUUCAAAGUCUCACUGCAAUAACAAGAGACCAUGAAAUAACUGCCAUGACUUGGGGUGACAACGCAGAAAAAGACAUUCUAAUCGCGUGUGGAUCAAAGGAAAAUCGGAGUGUGAAAAUAUUCGACACUGAAUACUCAGCCUUCACUAGUUCCUUUAAUUGUGACAUUGGAGAAGGAAAAAUCAAAGGGAUCUCACGAUAUAAUGACACUGUAAUAACAGCAGUUGAAUCCGGCCACGUAAAGUUGUGGCGUUAUGAUAAGGAUGAACAAAUUUUGAUAAAUGCUGGCAAAGAUCUACAUAGAAUGAGGCAUUCCAAGUUUGAUGAAAAGAUAAUCGCUACUGGCGGGCGUGAGAAUGAAUUGAAAUUAUUUGACUUGGAGACACAGAAACAAGUAUUUACUGAAAAAAAUGUUGCCCCAGACGCUUUACAACUACGAAAACCAAUUUGGGUUUCCGACAUUGGCUUCUUACCAAACAGUUUAGUUGCUACUGCUAGCAAAUUUGGAUAUAUUCGUUUAUAUGACCCUGGGGCGCAACGACGACCAGUGUUGAAUCUUCUUUUAAAGAAUGAAGCGUUGACUGCUCUGACCACUACCAGCAAAGAAAAACAUGUGGUCGUAGCAUCAGGAAGGGGAAGAAUGAAUUUAAUCGACUUCCGAAAUCCAGGAAAAGUUUUGAAUACGUACAGGGGUGCGGUUGGUGGAAUAACUGACUUAUCCUGCAGUCAAUCUGAGCCAUUAUUAGUGAGCGUUAGUCUGGAUAGACACUUGAGAAUCCAUCACAUGGAAACCAAAAGGCUUCUAGAAAAGAUAUAUCUGAUAUCUUCAUUAAACUCACUGUUAUUGCGGUCAAAUUUCUCGAUACGAGAGGACAAAAAAACUGAGGCCGAUGGAGAAGGCGUCAACGCCUGCAUUCCUAAGACCAACGAAUUAUCCUCCACAAAUCAUUCAAUUGACACAAGUACAGCACCAGGCGACCCAGAUAGCGAUACUGAAUACGACGAGAUGUUUGGCGAGAUGCCGGUCAUCGAAAACGAUGCGAAUGAUGCAGAUUUGACAAAAAAUAAGAGACCCUAUCCUUAUAAGAAGGCAAUCGUUCAGGAUAGUAAUCUGGAAAAACACGUAGCUACCGAAGGUGAAAAGAAGUCAGUCGCGAUACAGAGGGAUGGAAAAAAGCCGAAGUUUCACUAAGCAUUAUCAGUGGCUUGUAUUUGAAUAAAAUAUACUUUUAUAACAAAAA